AUGGCGUCCCUUAAAGUUCCUGCUUCUGUUCCUCCUCCUUAUGAGGAUGCUGAGCAACUUCACAAAGCUUUUGAAGGAUGGGGUACAAAUGAGGGAUUGAUUAUCUCCAUCUUGGCUCAUAGGAAUGCUGCACAACGCAACUUAAUCCGACAGGUUUAUGCUGAAGCUUACGGCAAAGAUCUCCUUAAAGAUUUGGACAAGGAACUUUCUAGUGACUUCGAGAGGACUGUAUUGCUAUGGACACUGGAUCCUGCUGAGCGUGAUGCAUAUUUGGCUAAUGAAGCCACGAAGAGGUUCACUUCAAGCAACUGGGUUCUAAUGGAAAUAGCUUGCACUAGGUCCUCACAUGACCUUUUUAAGGUGAGGCAGGCAUAUCAUGCUCGUUACAAGAAAUCCCUUGAGGAAGAUGUUGCAUAUCACACAACUGGAGACUUCCGCAAGCUGUUGGUUCCCCUUGUGAGUACAUUCCGAUACGAAGGAGAAGAGGUGAACACGAUGUUGGCAAAAUCAGAGGCUAAGAUACUUCAUGAGAAGAUCUCAGAUAAAGCUUACAGUGAUGAUGAGAUCAUCAGGAUUCUGACUACAAGGAGUAAGGCACAGCUUAACGCCACACUUAAUAACUACAACAAUGCAUUUGGAAAUGCCAUCAACAAGAAUUUGAAGGAAGACUCUGAUAACGAUUUCCUCAAAUUACUGAGAGCAACAAUCAAGUGCUUGACCUACCCUGAAAAAUACUUUGAGAAGCUUUUGCGGCUGUCUAUCAAGAAGCUGGGGACAGAUGAAUGGGCUCUCACUAGAGUUGUAACAACCAGGGCAGAGGUUGACAUGGAACGUAUUAAGGAGGAAUACCAUCGCCGAAAUAGUGUUACUCUUGAUCGUGACAUUGCUGGAGACACCUCUGGAGACUAUGAGCGAAUGCUCCUUGCCUUGAUUGGCCAUGGCGAUGCUUGA